UUGUAUAAACUACUACGCAGUAACGCAAACAAUGACUGAUUUUACAUUUGCUUCGCAAACUUUGCUAUUCAAAUCGAUAGAAGCAAAUCUGGCCACACAGAAUUGAAGUUGCACUGUGUCGAUAAAGAAUUAUAACUAUGAGUACUUUGCUAAAAUCAAGCGAUCAUAACUCAGAUCACGCUGUAGCAGGGGCUAUUAGUGGCUUCAUAUCCAGAUUUCUUUGUCAGCCCUUAGAUGUUGUAAAAAUUAGGUUUCAGUUGCAAGUAGAACCUGUUACUAAUCAUCAUGUUAGUAAAUAUAAGUCUUUAUCACAAGCAUUCUUUUUGAUAUUUAAAGAAGAAGGACUUUUUGCUCUUUGGAAGGGACAUGUUCCUGCUCAAUCACUUUCAAUUGUGUAUGGAAUGAGUCAGUUCUCUUCAUAUAAUGUGUUCAUGAAAGGAUUGGAUAAUUUUUCACUUUUAAAUGAAUAUAAAUAUUCAACAAAAUUUAUAGCAGGAGCAGGAGCUGGUUCUGUAGCUACAAUCGUGUCAUUUCCUUUUGAUACUAUAAGAACCCGAUUAGUGGCACAAUCAAAUAAUCAUCAAGUAUAUAAGGGAGUUUUUCAUUGUUGUAGUUGUAUUCUUCGACAAGAAUCACCAAUAACAUUUUUUCGUGGUUUAUUACCAACUUUGUUGCAAAUUGUACCGCAUACUGGGCUGCAAUUUGCAUUUUAUGGAUUUUUCAAUGAUAUAUAUAAAAAAUACUCCAAUGAAAUAGAUACAAGUUUUACUAAUUCUAUAAUGUCCGGUAGCGCAGCUGGUUUAUUAGCCAAAACUGCAAUAUAUCCAUUUGAUCUUAGUAGAAAAAGAUUACAAAUACAAGGAUUCCAACAUGGUAGAAAACAUUUCGGUGCCUUCUUCUAUUGUACAGGACUUAUAGAUUGUUUAAAGGUGACAUUCAAAGUAGAAGGUGUGAAGGGUCUGUUCAAAGGUUUAGUACCAAGUCAGUUGAAAGCUACAAUAACCACAGCAUUGCACUUUGCUACAUAUGAGCAAAGUUUAAAAUUAUUAAAAGCAAUGAGACAGUAUACUUCAGAAAAAUAA